AACAAUGUGACAGUAGCCUCUAAAGCUUACAAUCUGUCCUCCGACCUCAUGAGGAUCAUGAUGAAGUCCAGAGUGCUGAACGAGGAACCCUUGACCUUACAAGGAGGAGAAAUUCUGGCCAGAGGCAAACGUUCAGAUCCACUUAAUCUGCUCUGCUACAGUAACAGAACAGGCUGUCAGUUCUUUAUACCUCAGGGCUUUAAUAGCACCUUCCCAGAUUUAACGGACAUUAUCCAGGUCAUGAUCCAAGUGGAUUCCAACCCUUACCCCUUUGGCUUCAUCAACAACUACACCGUCUCCACUAAGGUAGCCUCUAUGGAAUUCCAGACCAGUAAUGGCAGUCAGAUCCCAGUGGAGAGUCUGGAUUCUGAAAAGGCAAUCACUGUUAGUGUCGCCAAUAACACUGGUGUUGGCAAUAUUACAGCAGGUGUGGCUACGAUUGAGAGCCGGCGAUCCGUGAAAGUGGACAUUGAAGCAGAGAGCAGUAAUGAAAAUGCAGGCCUUCACAUUCAAAUUACCUAUAAAGUCCUAGAUGAAUGGUAUUCCCACAUGGAAAAAGAGCCGUACAUCUCCACCUAUCUUCAUGAGACCGAUCAUCCCAACCAGUACAAUUACAGCAUCAUGAAGCAGGUCACAUUGGAUGCUAUAAAGGAAGAGGACCAUAAGCUGUACACAUUCUUCAUCGCUCCCAUGGAAGGAAACCUGACUAGACACUAUUACCUAAAAACAUCACCAACCAUUACAUGUGGUCCUCUGUGGAUGUGACGGUAGGACUCUACACCUCCCUGUGUCAGUACUUUGACGGCACUGAGAUGAGAUGGAAGACGGAAGGACUCGUACCCCUGGAGGACACCCGCUCUGACCAGGCUGUGUGUCUGACCCAGCAUCUCACCGCCUUUGGUGCCAGCCUCUUCGUCCCACCACACUCCGUCAACUUUAUCUACCCUCCUCCGCAUCCUGGAAUCAAUUACAUUGUGCUUCUGACGUGUGCCGUCUGCUUCGCCACCUACUCUGUAGCCACCAUUAUCGUCCACAAACUAGACCUUCUGGAUGUCAGCAAGGCCGGGGUCAUACCGUUCUGCGGGAAGGCUGGUGUCUAUAAAUAUGAAGUCCUGGUGAAGACGGGCUGGGGGCGCGGAUCAGGCACCACAGCCCACGUAGGUAUCAGCUUAUAUGGAGUGGAUAAUAAAAGUGGACACAGACAUCUGGAUGGUGAGAAUACUUUCCACCGAAACAGCGUGGAUAUCUUUCAGAUUGCAACAGAGAAGAGCCUGGGGAAUGUGUGGAAGAUCCGUUUGUGGCAUGAUAACAAAGGGCUCAGUCCAUCUUGGUAUGUCCAGCAUGUCAUCAUCCGAGACCUGCAGAGCAGCAAGAACUACUUCUUCUUGGUCAAUGAUUGGCUGUCUGUAGGUCAGGAGGAAAGUGGCCGGCGGGUGGAGAAGGAAAUCUUUGCUGCCAGUGAGACAGAGCUGAAGAGAUUCUCUCGGAUUUUUGUGGCAGAACUGCAGAGAGGCAUUUCGGAGAAACACGUCUGGCUCUCUAUGUGGGACCGCCCUCCGCGUAGCCGCUUCACCCGCGUCCAGAGGGCCACCUGUUGUGCUGUUCUUAUCUUCCUCUUCCUGUGUGCCAAUACAGUGUGGUACGGUGUUGUGGGAGAUCGCAAUCAUGGGGAUGGUGCAGUGUCUCAGGUGGUUCCUCUCAGUGUGGACUCCGUGGCUGUAGGGUUGGUGACCAGCAUCUUAGUCUAUCCCAUCUACCUGUUCAUCCACUUUCUGUUCAGGCGAGCUCGCAGCAAGACCUGUAUCAGGCCAUCCCUCACAUACUUCGAUCAGAACUCCCUAGAAAUCGAUAACUACCUGGACAAUGUGAUGAUGGAGAGUUCCUUUAUGACAUAUACAGGGAUACAUGGAGAGGGAUUUUCUGACCAGACCAAAACAGAAAUAAUUGUGGAUGACACAAAGGGUUUCAUUCAGUGGAGUGCCAAUGAUGGUAUGCUCAGCUGGCCAGACCUACUAAGUGACCCGACCAUCAUGGGAAACAGCAUCCAGAAGUUGGAGAAGCACCGCAGUCAACACCUUGGGUUAGAUGGCAGCUCCCAUCCCAGUGAGGAGGACAAUGUGAUACUAGGCCUUCCCCCAUCCAUGCCACGCCAUUUCUUAGCAUCAGAUGGAGCCAGCAGCAUGUCUCUCCCCCAAAACCUGCGGAGGAUCUCCCGUACCGAGACAGAUCUCUUGUCAGACCUGUCAAACCCUUUUGCGGAUAAAACAGAAACCAUAAUGUUGGAUAAAUUAAAUGAAAAAGGCCAAACAAUAACUGGACCUCCCAGAGAAGUCAAAUCCAUCAAGUCAAACAGGACAGUUAUAACAGAUGCCUUCCAGAGACGUGGAACUAUGUUACCCUCUUGGUGCAUCCGUGUAGCUCACGUUCUUAGCUGCUUUCUCCUCUUCUGCUGUUUUGGGGUGUCUGUGUGGAUUGGGGUGGGCUUCACCUCCAGCGUAGGCCUUAUGUGGUUAAUAUCUGGAAUAUUCAGCUUCCUCUUUUCAUUCUUUGUCCUGGAACCUUUGAAGGUGUUGGCUGAAGCCCUCUACUUUGCUUUGGUGGUGAAGCGUUUGCACCCUGAGGAGGAGGACACUCUUGUGGAGUGCCCCCUGGUGGAGCAAGUCUCUGAAAGGAUCACCAAGGUCCGGCCCCCGCAGGGCUUUGCUCUGUUCCAGGCCCGAGAGGAGGCUCGCAAGGUGAAACUGCUGCACAGGGUGCUAAAGAACUUGGUGGUUUACAUGCUCUUCUUCUUGGUAGUCCUUCUGACAAACUAUGGUGAUUCUUCUGUGAACUCCAGUGCUUACCUGCUGCAACGUUCAAUCAGACAAGAGCUAGCGAGCCAGAGAUUCUUGCAGAUUAGGAGGUACUGUUCCGACACGAUUGAUUGA